AUGGUUCCAGACGAUUCGGGAGACGACAAGACUUCUGUCGUUGUUGUCUCCGACUCUGCUCCUCAACCUGCUUCUCCCACAAGAGAGGCUUCUCCCAAGCUUCAAUUCACACAAUCCGCCUCUUCAGACUCGAUUCCCACUGUCGCCGCCUUUGCGCCGCCUUUGCAGGAGCCCACGGAAGAGCAGCAAUCGCAGCUCAAGGACGAGCAGCAGCAGCAACAGCAGCAACAGACACCGCAGGAGGAGCAGCAGCAUCACGAGCCGCGACCGCAACCGCAACCGCAACCGCAACCGCAACCACAAUCGCAGCCGCAGACGCAGCCGCCACCUCAGCAGAACGGCGAGAGUCGGGCAUCCGAGGCCAAUACUACGACCCCCGUGUCCGAGGCCGACAUGGCGAGCCACCGACCUGCGGCCCUCCACGGCCUGCACGCAGGCUAUCCCACAAGCUCCUCGUCGCCCAUCUAUCCCCAGACCAGCCUCCCGACCACUCAGUACGCCUCAUAUUCCACAGUCACAGCUGCAGCUCAGCAGGGCGAUGCAUACCGCGUCAGUCCCGUGGGCACUCCGCAAAUGUCACUGCCCAGCAUGCGGACCAUCGACGCCAUGUCACAGCAAUCUGUCCCUCCAAUGCCGCACCACUCCAUGUCCAUGGGCAUGAGCAUGCCCCUUACUGCCGUCUCGACCCCUCCUUACUUCACAAGCCAUUCAGCGCCUCUCCCUUCCAACUACGGCUUCCCCCAGGACGCCCUGGCCCGGUAUCCUCUCCCGCACGAUCCUCGCCUAAUCAACCACCGAGGCCCUAAGAAGUGCGACGAGACGCAUCCCACCUGCAACAACUGCAGGAAAUCGAAGCGCGAGUGCCUGGGCUACGAUCCCAUCUUCCGACAGCAGCCCGGAACCCCCACCGGCAGCAGCGUGCAGCCCGUGUCCAACAGCCUCUCACAGCCCGCCGAGCCGUCUGGCAUUGCUUCUGUGCACUCCGGGUCGGUUGGGCCUCCUACACCGCGUCUGGUCAACUCGUACGGCAGCCAAUCGCCGAUGCUGCCGAGCGGCUAUGCGACAAGCUCGAACCCCGGCACCCCGUCGAUCCCCCCAAGCACCUACAACCCUUCUCUCGCUGUGAAGCCCGAACUUGGCUACGGCUACUCUUCAGGCAUCGAUCCUGCUGUGCGCGCCAUGUCUGCCAUGCCUGCCAACCAAAUGCCGCUAUCGGGCCCCGAUAACAGCUACCUACGAGCCAAGAAGAUGAGAAUCGACGAGAUUAUCGAUCUGCUUGGCCCACCCGCACCGGUUCAGCAGAUUAGUCACACGGAAGAAACAUUUAAUGAAAUCACAAAGGUCUACCAUGAAAUGUAUGCCAGCGGCCUCAGUGCGUUCUUCGAGACCAGCUGGUACUACUUCGCCGAGAACGGCAAAAUGUCAUUCCCCAAAGAUGCCAACCUUAUCGAGCACAUGGCCACUUUCCUCAAGAUCCUCGAGGCCGUCAAGGCCAACGAUCACACCCAGAUGGCGUAUUCAGGCGUUCUAGAAACCAGAAUUGUGUGGGAGUUGGCUUGUACGGCAUACCAAAUCCCCGACAGGGCAAACAAUUCCAUGCGUCUUAGCCUGCCGCCAGACAACGACCCCGCCGAAGCCAGAAGUCGCCUUCAGGUGGUCGAGGCCUUGCUGUGCGGUGAUGAGCUGCUAAGCAACCCUCUCUCACCCCCAGUGGCAGACGCAGACCACCACCGCGUGCGCCAGUUCGACUUUUGGUAUAGCCUGGCCGAAUUUGUUCGCAGGAGGGACAAUCCCAACUCGCCUUCGACUGUCAAAAUCAGGGAGGACGUUCUGAGCCGCAUGCGCCACCUUCUCGACGGACGAGAGAAUCGCGAUGUCCUCUACUCCAUAGCUGUUGUCCGAGAGCUCGCACCAAACUUUGAUUCUGGAUAUGCAGCUACGAUUCCUCAGCAUCUGGACGAAUCAGACCCAAAGAACAGACUGGCCGUUGCGUCCAAAUUCAUCUUGGACGAAUCCCAAGUCACCGGUGGAACAACAAACGUGGUGCGUCGGUUCAGCGACAUUGCGUCUCGAGCCUUUGUCAACCCUGGAGUAAACAUUGCUCGAAGAGUAUAA